GGGCCGCAGGGGCGCCGUGCGGGCGGCGCCGGCGCGGGGCGGCGGGAUGUCGGGGCCCAACGGGGACCCGCAGGUGCCGGGGGGCGGCGGCGACAUCCCCGGGGAUGGGGACAGCUUCGAGGAGGAAGAAUAUGCAGCAAUAAACUCCAUGCUGGACCAGAUCAACUCCUGCUUGGAUCACCUGGAGGAGAAGAAUGAUUAUCUACAUGCCAGCUUGAAAGAACUGCUGGAGUCCAACCGCCAGACCCGCCUGGAAUUCCAGCAGCAGAGCAAGCAGCGGAACAUGGAAGCUGAUGUGCAGGGAUCACAGCCUCCUGUCUAGUGUGCUGGCCACAAGCUACUCAGUUGGUGUUGCUAAGGGGACAGUUACUGGUCACUGAUUUAACAUAAAACUUGAAUAGAAGAGGUACCUUGUGCUUGUUACUUGUUCCUUCCUGUGGUUGUGUCCUGCCAUUCACCUCCAUGUUCUGUUUUUCUCUAGCUGUGUAAUAGCUGCAGAAGCACAUAGGUGGAUAGAUGCAGGAAAGCUGGUUCUUUCUGCUCCCCAGCAUGAGUCUGGGACUGACCCCUGGGUUAAAGAUGGUUGUAGGAAAGAAGCCUGAUGCCAUGCAGGUUGUUUGCAAGCAGGCCCUCUUCACAAUGGAAAAGUUCUCUCUGCUCUUUUGCACUGCUGAAUCCAAACAAGGAGGGCUGUGGCUCUAGGCUCUUCCCUCAAAAAGCACAGCAGGCAGAGUCUGUCCUGACUACCCCUAGGCUUGCCCCAAAGUGUAACUCUGGUGACAGAUUGGGAGAGGGGGGCCCUAAGCAACCUCCUGCCUUGAAACUACAACUUCCCCCUUACUCACCUGAACGCUGAUAUAAGAACUAAGGGCAGAUGGCCCCAGAUCACUGGACACUUCUAUCUCCUUCCAAGCAGAUAAGUCAAGCUACCAGGGUGAUGGUUUUGACUACUAAAAUUGGGAGCUGCCUAAUUCCUUAAGCUGCCAUUAGAGGACUGGGGUGUUAGAGGCAGAGCAGCCUGGUUAGCCCCCAGCACAGCUUUAGCCAUGCAGAGCAAAGAGAGAGGGACCUGCCCUCCCUGUGCAUUUUGACAGGAGGAUGCAUGAGCAUUCUGGUCUGAAACUUUGUGAUCUUGUCAGGAUGCCCUGUGGCCAGCACUGUGACGCAAGUCUUAAUUGUUUCUGUCAGAGUUAAAGCAGGGGUUUUUUGAAAGUUAAAGUAAUAUUGUAUCAGAAAUCUGUUUUAUUAAAAUCAGUUUGAAACAAAA